AUGCUGGUCCCGGGGCUGCUUCUGUCUGUCUACCCAAGCCGGGACGGAGGGGGGCUGGGGUGGGUGGGCGGCUCUGAGGAUGCCUUCAGUGAGGCACAGAGCGGCGCCGAGAGGGGCGGCGCCGCCGCCGCCAGCACCCCGGACUACGGGGAGAAGAAGCUGCCCCAGGCGCUGAUCAUUGGGGUCAAGAAAGGGGGGACCCGCGCGCUGCUGGAGGCCAUCCGAGUGCACCCGGACGUGCGGGCGGUGGGCGUGGAGCCGCACUUCUUCGACAGGAACUACGAGAAGGGGCUGGAGUGGUACAGAAACGUGAUGCCCAAGACCGUGGAAGGGCAGCUAACCAUGGAGAAGACUCCAAGUUACUUUGUGACCAACGAAGCGCCCAGGCGCAUUCAUUCGAUGGCCAAAGACAUCAAACUGAUCGUGGUGGUGAGGAACCCCGUGACCAGGGCCAUUUCUGACUACACUCAGACGCUGUCCAAGAAACCCGAGAUCCCCACCUUUGAGGUGCUGGCCUUUAAAAACCGGACUCUGGGGCUGAUCGACGCGUCCUGGAGCGCCAUCCGCAUCGGGAUUUACGCCUUGCACCUGGAGAACUGGCUCCAAUACUUCCCCCUCUCCCAGAUCCUCUUCGUCAGCGGGGAGCGCCUCAUCGUGGACCCCGCUGGGGAAAUGGCCAAAGUCCAAGACUUCCUGGGCCUCAAGCGUGUGGUGACCGAGAAACAUUUCUAUUUCAACAAAACCAAGGGGUUCCCGUGCCUCAAGAAGCCGGAGGACAGCGGUGCGCCCCGGUGUUUGGGCAAAAGCAAAGGGCGGACUCACCCCCGCAUCGACCCCGACGUCAUCCACAGACUGAGAAAGUUCUACAAACCCUUCAACAGGAUGUUCUACCAAAUGACCGGGCAAGACUUCCAGUGGGAACAAGAAGAGGGUGACAAAUGAGCCCGCUGCAGAGUCGGAUGGCCAGAAGGCUCUGUACCUGAGUCCUGGGUUGCCUCCUCCCACCCCAGCUCCCCCCUCCAGGGUCCGAUGGCAGGUCAGCCUUUUGGGGUGGGAGAGGGGAGGGCAGCAAGUCGCCUCCCUGUCAGGAUCCCUCCAGCACUGAGGGCUUAGGCAAAAAGAUGGGAUCCGUGGCCCUCCCAUAGGGGAACCAGACCAGCCUGGACAGCCAGCUGUCUCUGGUUGACCAGAUG